AGAAUGUAACUAUCGAGCAACUUCUCAAUUUCUCAUUCGAUCCUUUCGCAAAAUUCCGAAGACACGGGAGAACUUCCCCGUGACGUCGACGUCGUCGUCGUCGCUGUGACCAUACGUGAAAUCGGUGUAAUCUAUAUAGUUAAAGAAAGAAAACGAGUCGCGCAAAACUGCGCGGAGGCGUGAUGCGUAAAAAGUGUAAUCGAUGUGAUGUUUUGCGAGGGUUAUAACGAGAAUGCCGAUACAGGCACCACAGUGGACUGAAUUUCUGUCAUGUCCAAUCUGCUGUCAUGACUUUGAUGUGGCUGUGCGAGGUCCUAUAUCGCUUGGCUGUGGCCACACUAUAUGCCGCGCUUGCUUGGCAACUCUACAUCGCAAGCAGUGUCCCUUUGAUCAGAGCAUUAUCAAUACAGACAUUGAGAAUUUGCCUGUAAAUGAGGCAUUGUUACAAUUAUUGGGUAAUUCCAUUCCCAUUGUUGCUUCAUCGGCAUCUGCAUCGAAUCAACAGCAGAAUUACCAGAAGCUUCUGCCAGCCGACCAACAUGCUAACUAUCUGAGAGCCAAGAGCUGUAUUGAGGAGCUUGCUCUUUAUCUCAAGCCAUGUCAGAUUACUAAUACUGCAGGUAUUGGAAGUGGGGGUGGGGGAUUGGUGUCACGGCCUAUGCAACGCAAACUGGUGACAUUGUUAGGUUGUCAAUUAGUAGAACCAGAAGGUAGAGCCCGUGCUCUACGUGCUGCCCGUAGUCUUGGUGAACGCACGGUCACAGAGCUUAUACUGCAGCAUCAGAAUCCUCAGCAACUCAGCGCUAAUCUUUGGGCGGCCGUGCGUGCUCGUGGUUGUCAAUUUCUUGGACCAGCAAUGCAAGAGGAAGUUCUGAGGCUUGUAUUACUAGCGUUGGAGGAUGGCUCUGCUCUGUCGCGUAAGGUAUUGGUAAUGUUUGUAGUACAACGUUUGGAAUCACAAUUUCCUCAAGCUAGUAAAACCAGCAUUGGACACGUGGUGCAGCUUCUAUAUCGGGCGAGUUGUUUUAAAGUAUCAAAGCGUGAAGGCGAUUCAUCACUAAUGCAACUAAAGGAAGAAUUCCGUUCUUACGAUGCUUUAAGGCGGGAGCAUGAUGCACAGAUUGUGCAGAUAGCCACGGAGGCUGGCUUACGUAUUGCGCCUGAUCAGUGGUCAGCGUUGCUCUACGGCGAUACCACUCACAAGUCUCAAAUGCAAAGCAUCAUUGAUAAAUUGCAGACACCACAAUCAUUUUCUCAAAGUGUCCAGGAGCUUGUAAUAGCAUUACAACGUACCCCCGAUCCUGGACAACUGAGCAGUCUUCGGUCUCAUUUGGAACUGUUAGCUGCCAUCGAUCCCAGUCCAGAAACAGAACCACCAAGCUUGGCCGAAUGUCGGGCUGCUCUGGAAGCCGUGAGAAUAGUGGUAACUGCAUUAGUGGAUUUUGUUCGACAACAUGGAAGCGGUAGCACGUGCGGCAGCAAUCGGAAAUCGGUAGCGCAGGAUAGUGGAGGUAGUGGGCUUGGUGGGGGUUUGUGUCCGGGUUCGAUGACAGGCAAAUACAAAGUCAGCAUGUGCAGAGACCUAGCCCUACGUGGUACUUGCCCACGAUCCAACAAUUGUACCUUUGCUCACAGCGACACUGAGCUUGAUAAGUAUAGAUCAAAGAAUCGCAAAUUGAGUGUCAGAGCGAAUUCAAAUCAGACGGAAUUAAAGGGUGAAAAAAAUAAUAAGGUUUUUAACAAGCAAAAUGGUGAUUUAACAACUUAUCAUUCCGCCAAAGUACAUGAGAGAGAUACGGUAAUGCAACAUUCAACAUCUGUUCCAAUCAAUUUAGAAAAUAAUUUGAUUGAUUCGUUGACAUCGACCUACAUGCUGCCACUUACAUCCCCGCAAAAUUUACCGCACGUCAAUCUGUGCUCUGUAAAGGGAGGAACUAUGAUAGACAGUGGAGGGUCUUCUGGUGUCCAUUACUCUGGACAUUACAUAAUGCCAGCAGGAUCCGUUUCCACUAUUGAUUAUGGGCCUUCUUUGACAACUGCAACAAAUCUUGGAAUAUGGGACACUCCACAAAUUGUACCGGCAAAUCAAGUAACGACGAAUGACAAAAAACGAACAGCCGUGGCAAAAACUAUGUUGGCGAUGUUGUUGCAACGUAAGAUGGAGAUUUUAAAUCAGUUGGAGAUGAUUGUCGGGAAGCAGCAGCAGCAGCAGCAGCAACAACUAAUAUCACCGCAAAUAAAAACAAAUUAUGAUCUUCAGCAGGAUGGCGAUUUAUUGACUACACCUAACAAUUAUUCGAUAUGGACCUCUGCGAACAACUUCCGGUGUUCAUCCGGAAUAAAUCCAUCUCCACCUCCAUCAGCUUCGCACCUAAUUGACGAUGACGGUCCAUUUAUGUUUCCAUUGGACGUAUCUCCCGCAACUUUGCCGCCGGUUAGCAAACAGGCAUCCAUCUCGAGAUUGCCUAAAACUCUGAUUAGAUCUCCCUACAAUGGAGCAUCUCUGCAGCACCUUUACAAUGAAGGAGUUGAUCCUACUUCUAUUCCAGCACUGUCUACUGCAUUUAGAACUCCAAAUUCUGUGACCUCCUGGUAUUAUGGCAGUCAACCAUACGCAGCAGUUGGUGUGAAUGGGAUACAAUCAGUGACGCCAACGAGUCCCAGUGGAGGUGUUAGCGAUAAUAGUUUCACUGGCGAUAAUUACGUUGCUUUCGGUCGCAAUAUUACACCAGAAUCACAAUUCUCAAGAUCGGAGUAUACGUCAAAGGAUUUGAUUUUGGAAUCACAAAAAGUAAAGCAGCAACUCAAACAUUUGGAGAAGAAGAUCAAUGACUUGAAGUUGGCUACGCAAGGAGCUACUACUUUUGUCACAGCAGGCGAGCUAGCGCAAGAAUUGCGAAUGAUUGAAGCAGGUAUCAGGGAAAGGGAGAAAGAUGUACAAAAUUGGAGCAAUCCGUAUAGUAGUAGUACCGGUACUGCCACCAUUCCUUGGAUUCAGCAAUCCUCUAACGAUUGGCUAUCAAAUCAAGAAUAUAAUACAGAUUAUAAAACAGAGGAGGAGGAUACAUAUGAGGUUGGGAUAGCUAAUGAUAUGCGCGAACUAGAGCUGCGAUGGGAAUUUGAACUGCGCGAACAGGAGAAGCACUGGUCCAGCGGAGGCGAGAAGGACACCGUCACUUCAGAUGCCUCCAAGAAUAAAUAAUGAAGCGCGUCUCCUUUCCUUUCUUUUUUUCCUUUAACUUUAUUCUCCUUUCUCAUCCAUCUUUUCCAAAACAUGUAUUUUAACAUGUUAGUCAAUUUCUGAUUUGAUCUCCUCUAAUUAAAAUGAUUAAAGGUAAGUAGAAUUUUUUCAAUCAGUGAAGAUUGAAAAAAAUACAUAUAGUAUGUGCAGGCGUGCGGACCUAAACUCUUUCUUGAGUAUUUUUUAUUGGCAUGAUGAUCACUACGUGAUAAAAAUGUAGAAAUUGUACAACUUUAAUUUUGAUCGAUAAUCGUCAACUGCGUUGAGUGCAUCAGUUCCAUGACUGUUGAAAUUAAAUAACAGUUGGACCACGAUACUUGAUCAGGUAACUACGUGAGGUAGAAACGUUGGACGCAACGUGUAAUUCGUAUAGUUUAAAUUCGUUAAGUAAAUGUAAUUAUUAAUUUCCAAAUUAACGAUCUUUCUUGAUUGAUCUCUCGAAACGACUUGUUUCUCUUUAAUUUAAGAAAGAAACAAAUAGACGAGAUAGUGAAAUUUAUGAAAGAGAUAUAUUUAUUUUUGCGGGAUUUGUUAAAAUUAGCUUAACACGCAGUCAGUGUUUUAUAAACAAUGACUCCGUAAGAUAUGGAGGAUAUAUUAAUUAACAUAUUUAAUUAUAUGCAAAUUUCGUAUACUCCCUAUUGAUGAUACGACAUCAUAUAUACAUAUAAUGAAUAAUACAUUCUAAAAGAAUGCUGAUCGCGCUUGACCUGAUCGAUAAGGUUACAAUUUGCGAUGAUAAUAAACCACACAUUAUUACAUUAUUACAUUAUAUGCUUAUACAUAUAUUGUAGAUACAUGCGCUAAAGGAGAAAUUGCGUUUCUAUUAAAGGACGCUAUAUUUAUAGAAUUUCUAUAUUCCGAAGACGGAAAGGAAAACAAAACUGCUGCCUCGGCUCGACGACGGUAACCUUUAUAACGUCUCGUUUCAAAAUUUUUCGAAAAAAAAUUUUUUUUUUAAUUUGUUUGGCCCGCAAAUUAAUUUUGGCCCUCCUAUCAAAAGAAAAGCAUCUUUAUUCAAAUUCAAUUCUAGUAUUUAACAAAUUAUUUUAAUAAAAUCAAUUAUGUUAAAUUUUCAUGCUGAAAGUACAUCACAUGUCUACAUUGAGGAUUAAUAUUAACAUCAUUUUUAUUAAUUAUAGAAGAAUUAUCGAAAA